CUCCCGGUCCCAGCCCUGGCUCCAUGCCCAAGCAGGCUGCAGAGGAGGGAGCACCCCCCGGCCCCAGCCCUGGCUCCAUGCCCAGGCAAACGGAGCAGCUAGACCCCUCCCCCUCCUCCACAGCAUGUGAGCCUGAGGAAGGUUUAUUUCCAACAGCUGCUGAUUGGAGUGACCCUCGCAUCAGAAGACUGGAUAGGCGGAGGCAACAGAAGGAAGGGAGGGGCAGGCCUUAAUGAGUGCUGAAUCAUGGAGCCACACCCCAUGGCCUAUAUAAAGGAUCUGCUUUCUGGCAGUCUCUGAGUCAGGCAAAGUCGAACUUAUCUUGCUGAAGUCACUUUCUGGUCUCCUGCCUGCUGUGAGGACUUUGCUAGGACUUUGGGCAGAGCUGCAGAGGCAAGCCUGAUUCGGAUUUCCCUGACCCGGCCGUCAGCGGAGGAGUGGGACACGACAAUAAGGUUGGCAAAUAGUCCUUCCAAGAAAUCACUGCUAAAAUGACUGCAUGACGGUGGUGGGAUUCAGCCGUUUCUCUCCACAUCGGGCGGACCGGUAGCGGCGACUGCGAGAGGCUCCGCCCACCCACCCGGAUGUAAUGCGUGAGCACUGUGCGUGUGCAGACGAGGCGCGUGCGCUCACGUUUGCGAACCGAAUGGAGACUGUUAAGUCACGAAAUAAAAAUAUAUCUACUUGGGAGACAAAUGACAGGUCUAGAAAGAGACAUCACACUGGCAAGAAAGGUCUUUAGCUCUAGUCUACACAGACUCAGGGGCCUGAGUUUCUAGGCAACUUGCUAAUCAGGAGGAAGUGAAAGAAUUUUGUACAACACACGGGAAAGACUGGACUAGAGGAAAUGUAGUUCUUUCAAUGUGGAUGCCGCAGCUUAACAUGAUAGAAUACAGUAUUAUUUCUGGCAAAUGAAAAUAAUAGGCCCUGUUGGCAUUUCUAUGCUUGGAAUUGAAAAGGAUGAAGAGAGGAGUAGCUGCUAAAAAGAAAAAGCAGAAUUUACCAGUUACUUCAAAUAAACAAACUGAUAUAGCCACAUGGAUAGAAAAUGGCAGCAAAAGUACCCAGGAACAUAAAGACCAUAAAAUACCUUCCAAUGAAGAGACAGACUGCAGCCAGGAUCCUCUUGAAGAAGCACUGGUCUUUUUGACAAAAAUUAAAGAUCGUACUUCCCUGAAGAAUGAAGCUUUGCAGAAACACUUAUUAAGUGUGGAAAAGAUUGCCCAAGCAAGAGGCUUAACUCCAGAAGAAAUUGAUGCCUUGCUGAAUAUAGCACUCAGCGGCAAGUUUGCUGAAGCGAUAAACAUUCGACUGUUGAAGAACCUGAUUCCCAUUUCAACAAUAAGAGAGGAUUCAAUUGUUUCAGCUGUUUCAUGGCUUUGUGUUGGCAAAUGUUCUCGCAAUACUCAGGUUCUUUUCUUAAAAUGGUUAAUUGCAAUGUAUGAUUUGAUUGAGCGUAAAGAAAAGGUUAAUGCACUCUAUGGGUUCUUCUUCAACUUCUUACAGGAUGAAAAAUUGUGCCCCUUCAUCUGCCAUGUGCUGUAUUUGCUGACCAGAAGAGAAAAUGUGAAACCUUUCCGUGUGCGACGACUCUUAGACUUAAGAGCCAAGAUGGGAUCAGAAGCUCCAUUGCAGGCUCUUCUCUUAAUGUAUAAAAGCUUUGCUCCAAGCAUGGUGUCUUCAAAUUUGUUCCAAAGCACAAAGAUGCGAUUUAAGAAUACAGAAAACCUGUGGAAAACUGCAGUAGGUAACAUAAAGCAACGGAUUUCUGGCAUUUCACCUACAUCGCAACCAGUUUUAACAUUUCAGCCGCCAAAGAAAAAAUGGAAUUCCAAAUUGACGAUACCUGCGUGUAACAGCAACUCUGAUUGCUCGGCUCAGAGUUCAACGGCCAAUUGUAUCGAUUUCAACAGUCACCCUGAAUUCUUCCCCGUGCAGCAUCUGCAGACUUUCUCCCAGCUUUUGGAGAACAUCCAUUGUUUAGAACUUCCUUCCCAAAUAGGCUCAGUGUUAGGAAAUCGCCUGUUGCUCCACUUCAUUAAUUGUGUCACAGACGAUGUCGUUUACCAGAGGAUGUACUAUUGGCUUGGCCAAACCUUCAGAGAAGAAUGCCCUUGGACUAAGAUUGAAAACCGGAAAUAUGAACUGGAAUUCAAAGAAUUCUUGGACACAGUUUUGGAAGCUGAAUGCUUCUUGCAGGAGGGCUUCUCGUCUUGUGAAGAAUUUUUGUACCGAAGCCUGCCCUUCUGGGAUGGCUGCUGCUGUAGGUCACAAGUCCUGCAGAUGAUCAGUUGGAUUCCCCUCAGCACCUUCUCAGAAAUGAAGCCUUAUCUCUGCAAGCCGUUGACACAGCUGUUUUUCACCUCAUCACUUUAUUUUAAGUGUAGCGUUCUUGAAAGCCUGAGGGAACUGCUACUGAACUGGCUGAAUUGGCACUUCUUGCAAGCAGACAUGACAUCUGAGUUAACUGCAGACAUCCUAAACACUUCUAUUUCAAGCCUGGUUAAUUCUAUAACAGAACUCAUCCACUUUGUUGGCCGGCUUUCAACCAUUGCCCUGCACUUGGAGAAAAACUCUGCUUUUUUAAUGCACUUCAUUCUGGAUUUCUAUGAAAUAGUAUGUGACAUGUUUCAGAAGUACAAGGUCCCUUUGCUUGUGAUCCCUCCUGCAGGGGUUUUUUAUCCAGCCCUUCUCAGCAUGGAUUCCGUCACAGUGGACCAGCUGUGCCACAUUAUGUUCAGGUAUCGAACCAAUUUGAUAGCUGCAAAAAAAUACCUACAAGCCAAAAAGGCAUCGCUGCAGAUCAAGUUUAGCAGCCAGAUUUGCCAAGAAUACAACCAAUAUAUAACAAGCAUGGUUGGAUGCCUAUGGACCUCAAACGUCUUCCAGACAGAUUCCCACCCUCAGGGGAUUUAUAUUGAGCCCGGAGUACUGGAGAAGACGUUGGUGCAGGAAUACCGAAAGGCCUUGAACAUAGUAUACCAUCCGGCCUUGACAGGUUAUGCUAUACUUUUUGUGCAGCAGAUACAACCAGAACACAAAAUACCAGAUAUCAAGCUAAUUCAGGGAAGGAGAUGGGAUUGGUACUUGGAAUAUUUGUACUCCCAAGAAUUACGAGGGUUGAAAUUCUUCAUUGAAAGUAGCAUCAGGCGUGUAUUUCGACCUUCUCAAACAAAACCAGACAACUAGUAAAUGGGUAUUGAAGAUUGACAUUUGUGAAUGGAUUUCUUCUCGCCUUCUCCUGUUGAAGCUAACCUUGGAUUCUAAUGGACUCCUGUUUCUGAAGAGAGAGAUCCUUUCAAUGCCUCAGAACUGAUAUCCGUACAGAUAGUUCUUGGUAACAAUAAUAGCACACAUACAGAUUUUUGCCCAGCUGGUCUUUGUGACAUUAAACCUUUCAUCUUUGGGUAAAGGGCUCUUUGGCCUUGAGAGUACAAACUUACUCUCACGAAAGAAAUAGAGCGUGCCUAAUUCCUGUUGCUAACUUUUUGCUUUGUUUUGGAAUUAAGCAACCCGAUUCAAUUCAUCAUUUGGAAACAUUCAAGCAAAUUACAGCACAAUUUUCCAGCCUUUGACCAUUUUUCGACAGUUAAAUUAUCAUCUUUCGCUGAUAAACCACAAAGCCCUCGCAAUGGAUUGAACAAUAGCCUAAUGCAGGUUUUUCUUGUAGAUAAAUUGUAAAUAAUUGUAUAGAACGUAUUUAUGCAUAAAAUGCUCUGUACUAUAAAUUAAACAGUGUUUGGCUUUAGUUUGUUACAGUGAAACCUCCAUUUUAUGGAUUUUGGUUUUCUGAACCUUGCAUGUGGUGGAUGAAAUUCUGUUGCGGUUUGUGGAAUGACAUCGUUUGUAUGAAGACUUUCUGAAAAAGAUACAAAUCAAAGUUUCUUGGUCUGAUGUACUCCUAUUCUUAGUCAAGAUCUUUGUUUUUGGCUUAUUUACUGGCUUGACUUAAACCAGUUAAUGCAACAAAGUCUUCAAUUUCUUCAUUAAGUGUUCAGUACUAUUCUGAGGCUGUGUAAUAUCAAAACUACAUCAUCAGCAAAAGUCCUCAAAUUAUAAAUCUCUUUAACUUUUUGAACCAAUUGUUUUCUCAUCCUGUCUAAUGUCUGGAACUAACAUAAAAAGCAAAGCGACAUCCUUGCUUUGACCUCUUCUGUAUUUCACAUGGUUUCAUUAAAUCGCUAUUAAUAAUAGUGCCCCUUCUAAGGUAUGUAUACUGAUUUAAUCCUUUGAAUAAAAUUCUCCCAAAAGUCCAUGUCCUUCCAAAACUGUAAACAUAAAAGGCCAAUUCAAAUUGUUAAAAGUUUUUUUCUGCAUCCAGAAAAAUCAGUGCCACUUGCAUCUCGUUAUGUGAUUCCAGAUACUCUAUUAUAUUCAAUAUAAUUCUCACAUUAUCUCUUAAUUGUCUUUUGGUAAGAACUCAAUUGAUAAUCAUGAGUAAAAUCCUGUAAAAUCUUCUUUAAUCUACCGGCCAAUAUUGAUGUAAAUACUUUAGUCAAAUUAAAUUUGGCAAUAAAGCAGUAUUUAUUAGUCUCUUUCCAAGAUUCUGGCAUAGCAGAUCCCUGCAAAAUAGAAUUCAUUGUUCUUUUCAGCGGUUGCAGAG